AUGUCUACAGAACAGCCUCGUGUCCCAGAUCGGCCAGCUCUUGGCGAAUCCUGGGUCAUAGCAUCAACUGCUUCUCUGAAAGAAAAAGAAGACCCCGCCAAAACUCCAGAUAACUGGCAUGAACGCAGCAAAUCAACCACAAAGACGGCGGACCCGUCAUCAGAGUCACUAGCGUCCUCAUCGUCCUCAUCAUGGACCAUACCAGGCCCGGACCUCAUCAUGCCUUCUAUAUGCGAAACGCCUAGUCUAGAGGGGUCAUGGGUGGAAUAUGUACGGAGUCCAAAGCAGCCAGGCUCGGAAAGCAUGAGGAAACGACGCAAAAUUUCCAUACCGAGCGGUGCAAAGCAACGAGAGCAGGACCGAGUUGGCGCUAAAGCCGGAGAUGCAGACGCUGGUUCGUCUGCAGAGACGACCCAAAAAGCAGACGUAGUUGUGAAAUCCCAGACUAUCUUUGGUGGGUAUACUGCCCUCGUCCGCAAAGCAAUCAACACAGCCCUGAUCGCCAUCAUCCUGCACCUGCUGGUACUCCCCGAGGUAGUCUACCAAGCCAAAGACCUCUGCCAUAUCUCAAGCAUCAAGACCUUCUACCCCAAUAGCUGUAUCGCCCUCCCCACAACAUACCCACCACGCAGCGCAUUCCAUCCAUCGGUGAUACCCCCAGAAGAAACUCUCGCAAACUCCCAGCGCCAACUGGAAUCCAUAUUCGACACCGCCCUUGAAACCCUCACGCCUCUAUCCGCAAUCCUCAAGCAGAGCGAAAGCAUGUUCGCCGACCUAGAAUCUCAACUCAAGUCAACCUUCCCAGACGCUCGCAACGCGCUGGAUCUCGAAUUCACCGGCAGCAACCAAGCCGUACAAACCGCAGUAUGGGAAUUCGACUCGCUUCGCGCAGACCUGCGCUCGGCGAUCGAGAGCCUACUCGCCUCCCGACCAGCAACCGAAAUAACCGGCACCGCAGCUCUCGACACCCGACUCGCGAUCCAAUUGCGACGGCGCGAAGAGUAUCUAGACCGACUGCGCUCGCAAAUCCUCAGCAAAGCAGACUCCCUCAACACGCGAUUCACAACAUUAGACGAUCACCUCGAAGCGGUGGACGGAAUCGUAGCACGCGAAGAACGGCGGGCCCCAACAUUCCACAAGUACGGAUCUUCAUCCGACGAUAGCAGCAGCGAUCGGCUCUAUUCCGUGCUCGACUCGCUCCCGCUAGGAUCGUUCGGGGCAUAUUUGUUCCGGGCGCGAUCGACAGGAGAUGCAGAUUCUAAUCCGGUUGCGUUGACGGAGUCGUCAUCGUCUGCCGUGGCCUCCACUGCAUCCACUGAACCCACACCCAUGCCCCGGCCCGCAGCCACUCUUGCCCUGCUUCGAGUCGCGGCCACGCACCAUCGUCCCGUUGCUGACUCGGUAUUGCGGUUAUCACGCCAAUUGAGGGAUGUGCAACGUGCGAGUGGGGGGCCCACUUGGUGA